AUGCUAGUGGAAGUCGUUAUUCUCAUUUCGGUGGUCAUCGUCAUCUUGUAUUAUGCUAUUUUUCAUGGAAUUGAAAAACGAUCUAAUUUGGUCUUCGUUGCCGUGCUUGGCGAUUUAGGCCAUAGCCCUAGAAUUAUUUAUCACGCGUUAUCUCUUGUUCAAAAUAAUUACAAAGUUUAUUUACUCGGUUAUGAUGACAGCUGUAUAAUGAAAGAAGUUUUGGAGCACCCGAACCUAUCAGUUCAUUAUCUUAAAAAACCUAGUACACCUCUACACUUCCCAAAAAGAGCCUUUUAUCUUCUUUAUCUUCCUUUUAAGACAAUUUCUUUGCUACUUAAUCUUGUUAUGUCUUUUAUAAUUCUACCAGCCCCACAGCACAUACUUAUACAAAAUCCUCCGGCAGUUCCACUUAUGUUAGUUGCUCUUUUUUUUAGUAAACUUCGAGGUGCGAAGUUGAUUAUAGACUGGCACAACUUCGGUUAUACUAUUUUAGCCCUCAAACUUGGAAAAACUUCUUUUUUCGUGAAACUUUAUAAACAUUACGAAAUUUUUCUCGGAAAGUUUGCUGAUGAUAACUUUUGCGUAACGGAAGAAAUGAAAAAGGCGUUGAGUGCUUGCAAUAUAAAAGCUCGAAAACUGUACGAUCGGCCUCCAGCAAUCUUUAAAAGUUUGAGCGAGGAGGAAAAAAUUCAGUUUUUUAAAGAUUUCAAUAACAACUAUUUUAAUGCGUUUCCUUCGCCCAACAAGUGUCAUUCAGUAAAGUUUAUAGUCAGCAGCACCUCGUGGACAGAAGACGAGGAUUUCACUAUUUUAUAUGACGCUCUGAAACUUUAUAGUUUGGCCCGCCAAAGCCAAUCACCGCAUUUGCCCGCCAUUUUAUGCAUAAUUUCUGGAAAAGGGCCAAUGCGGAGUCACUUUGAAGCUCUUGUCAGACGCUCUCCUUUGGACCACGUAUCUAUCCACACUGUCUGGUUGGCCAUUGAGGAUUACCCUCGCUUUCUUGCUGCUGCGGAUCUCGGCGUUUGUCUCCACCUUUCGUCUUCUGGUAUAGAUCUACCAAUGAAGGCAGUGGACAUGCUGGGCAGCGGUAUCCCAGUGUGCGCCGUUUCUUAUCGUUGUAUCGACGAGUUAAUUAUUCACGGUGUAAACGGUUUGAUAUUUAAAGAUGCUCGCGAGCUUUCUUUGCAGUUGCAGAACUUAUUUUAUUGCACUGAUAAUAAUGGAUCUUCUCUACUCGAAGCGCUUCGAAAAGGAGCGUUGGAGUUUCAAAAGCGUCGGUGGACUGACCAAUGGAAUGAAGUUGCUCUGCCAACGUUUCGCUGAUGCACGUGUUAGUGUGUUUUUUCUUUAAUAAAGUGGGAAAA